AUGGAGAACGUACCUGCUUUCAGCGCUACAGAAGAGUCUGGCCGGAAGAAGUUUGCGCUUCCGGUGGACUCUGAGCACAAAGCCACCGAAUUCCGGCUAUUCUCAGUGGCGGCACCGCACAUGCGUGCAUUCCACCUGUCCUGGAUUUCCUUCUUCGCCUGCUUCGUCUCCACCUUCGCCGCCCCGCCUCUGCUGCCAAUCAUCCGAGACGAUCUCGAUCUCACCGCCACAGAAAUUGGAAACGCAGGAAUAGCAGCGGUCUCCGGUGCGGUGUUUGCCAGGGUGGCAAUGGGGUCGGCCUGCGAUCUAUUCGGGCCCCGUCUAGCUUCCGCCGCCCUGACAUUGCUGACUGCUCCGGCGGUCUACUGCAGCUCCAUCGCCAGCGGUCCUAGCACUUUCCUCAUCGUCCGAUUCUUCACCGGUUUCUCACUCGCAACCUUUGUGUCCACACAGUUCUGGAUGAGCUCCUUGUUUUCCGCUCCGGUCGUCGGAACAGCAAACGGUGUUGCGGGAGGAUGGGGAAACCUCGGUGGGGGUGCGACUCAGCUGAUCAUGCCCCUAGGAUUCGAACUCAUCUUGAAAAUGGGUUCCGACAAAUUCACAGCCUGGAGAAUCGCGUUUUUCAUCCCUGGCCUGUUUCAGAUGCUGUGCGCGUACGGGAUUUUCUUUCUGGGCCAAGAUUUGCCAGAUGGAAACUACGCCCAGCUCCACAAAUCUGGAGACAAGCACAAAGACAAAUUCAGCAAGGUUCUCUAUCAUGCUGUCACAAACUACAGAGGUUGGAUCUUGGCUUUGACUUACGGGUAUUGCUUCGGAGUUGAACUUGCGAUAGACAACAUAAUCGCGCAGUACUUUUACGAUAGAUUCAACGUGAGCCUUCACACAGCUGGAAUCAUUGCAGCCAGUUUCGGUUUGGCGAAUUUCUUCUCGAGACCUGGAGGAGGUAUGCUGUCAGAUAUUGUUGCAAGGAGGUACGGAAUGAGAGGUAGGCUGUGGGCACUUUGGUCAGUGCAGACUUUGGGAGGAAUAUUCUGUAUUAUUUUGGGGAAAGUCGGAACAUUGGGUGUAUCAGUCGCUGUGAUGCUCAUAUUUUCAGUUUUCGUUCAAGCUGCUUGUGGACUUACUUUCGGGGUUGUUCCUUUCGUUUCUAGAAGGUAUCCAUCUAUCUAUCUACCUAUUCGGUUCACUAAAAUUUUAUCGGAUAAUAAUAUAGACUUAUUUGAUAUGUUGUUGUUAUUACCAGGUCAUUGGGAAUUAUAUCGGGGAUGACAGGAGCUGGUGGAAACGUGGGAGCAGUUAUUACACAAGUAAUAUUCUUCCGAGGAUCGAGAUACACUACAGAAAAAGGUAUAAUGCUAAUGGGGGUGAUGAUUAUAGCAUGCACAUCCGUAAUUACGUUGAUACACUUCCCGCAAUGGGGUGGAAUGUUCACCAAACCAUCAAAGGGCAUAACAGAGGAAGAUUAUUACCUUUCUGAAUGGACCGAAGCCGAGAAGGAAAAAGGUUUCCAUAAGGCUAGCUUAAAAUUCUCGGAAAACAGCAGACACGAAGGCGGAAGAAGAGUUGGAAUAACAGAGUCUCCGGAUACACACAAAUGAGUAUUUCGUCGGCCUACUUUUCUUUUAAGAAUUUCUGCAAAGUGUUGAUUGCAUGAAGAGAUUACUGCUCAGUUGAAUAUUCUUUUGAUUUGGUUUGGUGUGAAGAAGAACGUACUGUGACAAAUAUCGGUAUUUUCUUUCUGUUUUGUUUUAUUUUAUUUGUAUUGGUUCAAGUUCCCUGCUGUAAAAGGUUUUCAUUUUAAUGUGUAUGUAUCUCUUUUAUUUGUAUAACAUUGUAUUGUUA